UUGUCGACAAGCUCAAAGGAGAAGCAGAUGGAGCAAGAGCAACUUGUCGAAAAUUUGCGUAAACAACUGAGCGAAAAGGAUGAGGAGCUAAGGAAAAAUAAGCAAGAGUUCGAGAACAACCAAAACGAGAUAACAAAACUGGAUGCUGCGCAUAAAUCUACGAAGGAAAUUGCUGCAAGUCUUCAGAGUACUGCCUCUUCUCUCACUGAGGAGCUCAAUCGUGUUUCUGCAGAGAAAGAUGAGUUAAGAAAUGCCAAAAAUAAGGCAGAGAAAGAGGUAACAGUACUGAAAACUAAAUUGGAAAACCUUUCCCGACAAAUGGAGGAGACUAAAAAAUUAAGGUAA